AUGCGCAGGGGGGAGGGAGCGGGGGCAGGAGGGACUACGUCUCCUGAUGAUCCCACGAGAGCCUUCGCGCCCGAAGAGAAGAGCAGGCGACCAAAGGAUACGCCGUUUCGACAACAGAGGGUGACGUCGUUCUUGCCCAUCUUGCAGCCGCUGCUGGUGGUGGGGAUAUUCUUGGCGAUAGGGGUGGUGUUCAUCCCGCUCGGGAAAUGGUUCAUCGAAGAGUCUGAAGAGGUGGUGGAGUUCAAGCGGAGGUAUGACGGCGACAACGUGGACGUGGAGGGAUGCAAGAUCACGGAGGGUAACCAGGGCACCACGUGCUCGGUCCAGAUCGAGGUCGAUGAGUGA